AUGGCAAAUAAUAAAUCUAAUAAGAAACAAAAGAAAAUAUCAAGCAAGGUAUCAAAACCUAGGAAACCACCUACCUUGAAACAAAAGCUUAAAAAGGAGUCCAAGGUUGUCAAGAUCAAUGAUUUGGCCUGGAAACCCGUUGAGAUACCAGACAAUUUAGGUGAUUAUACGGGGUUUUUCGGUUUAGAAGAAAUUGAUGGGGUUGAUGUUGAAGUCGUUGAUGGGAAGCCACAGUUUGUUGUGAAAGACGAUAAGGAAAAGGAUGUUCAGAAAGAAAACGAAGAAGUGGAUGAGACCCCAGCCCCGUUGGAAGAGGGAGAAGACGAAGAGGACGAACUCAUCGACGAAGAGGAAUUCACCGGAUUUGAUAAUGAUGAGGCUGAAGAGGAUAUCUCCAAAAGUGACAUCCUAUCAACUGAAUCUUCUGACGAGACAAAGGAGAAUGAAGGAUUGUCCGAACUCAAACAGAACGUCUUUGCUAACCUUGAUUUACCCAUGCCCGAUGAAAAUGGUAUCGAUUUGCCACAAUGGUCUGAGCGUGAGCUUGGUGUAUCCCUCAGUCCGUAUACUUUGAAUGGUCUCGCCAUUUUAAAUUUUACCACCCCAACGCCCAUUCAAAAGAGAACCAUACCAAUUGCAUUGGAAGGAAAAGAUGUAGUUGGAAAGGCAACUACAGGUUCAGGUAAAACAUUAGCCUAUGGAAUACCCAUUCUUGAAAAGUAUCUACAGUCUUUAGAUCAAGUUAAGCAGAAUGUCAAGGAAAAGAAAAUCAAUCAUCCCAAUGGUGUCAUUUUCACACCAACUCGAGAAUUAGCUCAUCAAGUGGUUGAUCAUUUGAACAAGUUGGCUCAGUACUCACCACUUUCGGUGAAAGGUAUAGUGAGUGUUACUGGUGGUUUGGCAAUACAAAAGCAACAAAGGUUGUUGAAGAUGGGACCAGGAAUCAUUGUGGCUACACCAGGAAGAUUUUUAGAAUUGUGUGAAAAUGAUCCCGAAUUGGCCAAGAGAAUGAGUUUGACGGAUAUUGUAGUAUUGGAUGAAGCUGACCGAUUAUUACAAGAUGGUCAUUUCGAAGAAUUUGAAAAGAUUUUGGAAUUAUUUGGCAAAAAUAGACCAAAAAAUAAGAACAUCGCUUGGAAAUGGCAAACAUUGGUGUUUAGUGCUACAUUUUCUCGAGACUUAUUUGGUAAAUUGGACAAGCAACAAAAGCCUAAAAUCAAGAAUCAAAAACAACAAAUUGAUGGUAAUAGUUUAGUACAAAACGAUGAGAUUAUAGAGUUAUUGAAUGAGAAAUUGAACUUUAAGGAUAAGAAACCGAUCUUGAUUGAUGCAAACCCAAAGGAGAUUGUAUCUGGUCAGAUCACCGAAGCUUUAGUUGAAUGUGGUGCCACUGAACGUGAUUUGUAUUUGUAUUACUUCUUGUUGAUGUACAAAGGGUCAACUUUGGUAUUUGCGAAUUCAAUUGAUUCAGUAAAGAGAUUGGUGCCAUUGCUUGAAAAUUUGAAAAUUCCGGCAUUUGCAAUUCAUUCGUCCAUGGAACAAAAACAAAGAUUGAGGUCUUUAGAGAGGUUUAAAGCGGCGCUUGAGAAGAAUGAAACAGCUGUAUUGGUUGCAUCUGAUGUUGCUGCUAGAGGGUUGGAUAUACCUAAAAUUGAUCAUGUUGCUCAUUAUCAUUUACCAAGAUCGGCUGAUGUGUAUAUUCAUCGAUCAGGAAGAACGGCAAGAGCAGGUAGAGAAGGUGUGUCAGUGAUGUUUUGUUCUCCACAAGAAGCUUCAGGUCCAUUGAGGAAAUUGCGUAAAAUAGUUGCAUCAAAUGCUGGUAAUAAGAGAAUAAGUGCUCAUAAUGAUGUCAAAUUAUUACCUAUUGAAAUGGAUUUAGUUUCUCAGUUGAGACCAAGAGUUGAAUUGGCUGGGAAAUUGGCUGAUGCAAGAAUAUCAUCAACUGCCACUCGGAAGGAAGAUUCAUGGGUCAAACAGGCAGCUGAAGACUUGGGGGUGGAGGAUUUACAUGAUUUGGAUGAAUUUGAGGAUGACAUAAUAAAAAAACAAAGAAAAAGACAAGAAGGUAAAAGGUUGACCAAAGAUCAGCAGAAUAGAUAUAAGUAUGAGUUGAGGGAAUUGUUAUCUAGACCUAUUAGAAAGAAUAAUCGGAGAUCAUAUUUAACUAGUGGAUUGCAAAACUUGGCGCAUCAAAUGGUCACCGGAAAGCACCACGAAGACGUGGUUGGACAUGAAAAGGUCAAUGCAUUAAACGACUUGCAAAAGAAUGGCAGUAAGAUUAAACCGGUCAGUAACGAGCAAAAAUCGAACAAGGUGGCCAAAUUAAAAGAAGUCAAGCAGGCCAAAAAAGACCAGAAAAAAGAGGCAAAGCAAAAGAGACAGCAAUUAAAAAAUGGCAAAUAG